GGCAGGCCGCAUAGCCACUGCAGCUAGAGCCGUAAAAAAGAAAGAGAGAAGAGGCAACGCCGAUUGAAGCCGGCGUCCAUUUUACCCUCUCCAUUUGUAUUAAUUGACUGUGUUUAUGUGUGUGUACUGGCUUCACCAUCAACUUUGAGGGAUUAUUCCAUAUAAAAUAGAUAAAACAAGAUAAUUCGCAUUGACAUAAUGGACGGUGCACCUCCAGUUCGCGGGGGUUUUCGGGGCCGAGGGGGACCUGGAGGACCCAUGCGGGGUCGUGGAGGCUUUGCAGACAGGGGAAGGGGUGGACCAGUGCGAGGUGGGAUGAUGAGAGGUCGUGGUGGUGGUCCUGGACCAAUGAGGGGCAGUCCCCCAGGCAUGCGAGGACGAGGUGGACCCCCAGGACGAGGCAGGGGUGGUCACUUUCCUCCUGGAGGCCCUCCAGAGCCUGGACUAACUGGAGGUCCAGGUGGUGGUCCUCUCCCACCCCCAGGGAUGGGUGGACCCAUGAGAGGUGGAUCCAGGGGGGGACCAGGUGGAUUCAGAGGACGGGGACGUGGGGACUUCAACAGGAGUGAUAGUCGUGGUGGUGGCUUUCGUGGACGUGGGGGCGGUUCUGACAGGGGGGGACGAGGCUCUGGGUAUGGGGGAUUCUCGAGAGGUGCACCACGUGGUGGGAUGGGUCGUGGAGGUCCAGGAUCCUUCGGUGAUCGAGGUGGACGAGGUGGAGGCAGCGAUCGUGGAGGUCGAGGUGGUCCAAUGAAGCGAGGAAGACCUCCAGGUGUUGGUGGACCCCCAAAACGCCCCAGAUACGAGGCCCCACCACAACAGGCUGCCAAUGGCUAUGUUGCACAACCCACAAAUCAAGGCUAUGGAGGCCCUGGGAAUGGAUACAGUCAGCCUCAGCAACCACAAGUCGCCGGAUAUGGCGCACCAGGGGGUGGCAACACUGGGUAUGGACCCCCUCAGGGUGGUUAUCAACAAACAGCAUAUCAGGGGUAUGAGAGCUAUCAGCAGCCCUCGGAUUACACACACACUACGCAGGGAUACGCUGCCCAAGCACCAGCGGAUAACAGAUACGUCCCAGCGCCAGCGACCGGUGGAUUCAAUGCAGAUCCUUACAAUUAUGGAAAAGCACCGCCCCAAGUAAACUACCAACAGGAGGCUGUUGCUCCUGCACUGGGUGGUGGUGAUGAUGGUGGCGGUGGGUAUCCUCCUGGGAAUCCCUAUGAAGAUCCGUCUUGCAAUCCCAGCGUUAUGGCAGGCCGGACCGGUGGUUACUCGACACACGGCUACGAUUACACAACUCAAGACGGUGGCUACGGAAAACAAGACUACGGUGGCAGUGCUGGUUACGAUUACGCCCAGGCCCAGCGAAAUUAUCAAUAAACAACAGAAAAUAAAAAUUACCAAGGGAAAUAAUUGAAAACUGCAUUCAUCACUUGACCUUAAAUUUUCAGCUUUAGACAGUGAUUUCUCUAUAAAUUAAUCAAUAAAAAUCAUGUGACGAAUUGCAAAUCAACAACAAAUUAAUUUUAACGAUUGAUAAACUCGUGUGAUUUCAAAAAUUUAUGAAAAUAACUAGAAUAUAAAUUUUCAUUUAGUUGUCACCUGGGAAUUGUCAAAAAAUAUUAGGCAGAAGAUAGGCUCAAGAUACGAAUAAGCACUAAAAAUACAAAAAAAUUUAUUGACACUUUUAUCCCGAUAAGAUAACGACCCGUAGGGUAUUUAGAAAUUUCUUUUGCAAUUGUAAAUUGGAUCGAUGAGACCUUCACUAAAUAAAUAACUCCAAGAAUAUCCAGAUAUUCACGAAUCAUUCAAUCGAAGAUUUAGAAAAAAUGAAACGAGAGUGACGGGAAAUUAUUGAUGAGUCGAUGGAAUGAGUGACCGGAGAGGCUAUAAUAUUUGCAGGUGGCAGUGCUGGUUACGAUUACGCCCAGGCCCAGCCAAAUUAUCAAUAAACAACAGAAGACAAGAAUUAGCAAGAGAAAUAAUUGAAAACUGCAUUCAUCACUUGACCUUAAAUUUUCAGCUUUAAACAGCGAUUUCUCUACAAAUUAAUCAAUAAAAAUUAUGUGAGGAAUUGCAAAUCAACAACAAAUUAAUUUUAACGAUUGAUAAUCUCAUGUGAAUUCUAAAAUUUAUGGAAAUAACUAGAAUAUUAAAUUUCAUUAAGUUGUCACCUGGGAAUUUUCAAAAAACUUUAGGCUGAAGAUAGGCUCGAGCUACGAAUAAGCACUAAAAAUACAAAAAAUUAAGGAAUGAGUGUUUUAUAAUUAAGUCUCACAUUGGUCAUAAGAAUAAACUUCUUGUGUUAGCCUUUUUAUUCUCUGAACUGAAAUAAAAACACCCAAAAAUUGUAAAAACAUGAA